UAAAGAUAAGGAUGGUAACACACCUCUACAUAUUGCAGCCUCCAUUAAAGGACGUGUUGAAACAGUGAGACACCUGAUUAGCAAGCACAGUGCUGAUGUUGAUUGCACUAAUAAUCAGAACAAUACUCCAUUGAUGCUAGCUAUGUUUAAUGGUUGUGUGCAUGUUUUGGAUAUGCUAAUCAAAGAAUUCAACAGCAGUUGUCAUGUCCGAGAUGACGAUGGUUAUACUCUCCUUCACCAAGCAUGCCGUUGUGGUCAUAUAGAACUGAUAGACAAAUUAGUGCUUGAAUAUGGCCUCAAUCCCGCAGAUAAAGAUAAUGAUGGUAACACACCUCUACAUAUUGCAGCCUCCAUUAAAGGACGUGUUGAAACAGUGAGACACCUGAUUAGCAAGCACAGUGCUGAUAUUGAUUGCACUAAUAAUCAAAACAGUACACCAUCGAUGCUAGCUGUGCCGAACAAACAGGUAACUGUUUUGAAUGUGUUAGUCAAAGAAUUCAACAGCAAUUGUCAUGUCCGAGAUCGCUAUGGUCAAACUCUCCUUCACCAAGUAUGCGGCGAUGGUGGCCACAUUGAAAUGAUAGACAAACUGGUGAUGGAAUGUGGCCUCAAUCUCGAAGAUAGGGACGGUAAAGGAAACACACCUCUACAUAUUGCAGCCUGGGCAGGACAUGUUGAAACAGUGAGACACCUGAUCAAUAAGCACAGUGCUGAUACUGAUUGCACUAAUAAUGAGAAUGAUACACCAUUGAUGGUGGCUUGGUUGAUGGGUCAUAGUCAUGUUUUGGAUGUAUUAGUCAGAGAAUUCAACAGCAGUUGUCACAUCCGAAGUUAUACUCUCCUUCACUGUGCAUGCGAGCGUGGCCAUAUAAAACUGAUAGACAAACUAGUAAAUAAAUAUGGCCUCAAUUUCAGAGACAGAAGAGAUAAUGAUGGAAAUACAUCUCUACAUAUUGCAGCCUUGUUCGGACAUGUUGAAGCAGUGAGACACCUGAUUAGUAAACACAGUAUUGAUAUCGAUUGCUCCAAUAACCAGAACGUUACUCCGUUGAUGCUGGCUGUGCUCAAUGGUCACAUACAUGUUUUUGAUGAAUUAGUCAAAGAAUUUAACAGCUGUUGUCAUGUCCAAGAUUGCAACGGUCAAACUCUCCUUCACUAUGCAUGUGAUGGUGGUCAUAUAGAACUAAUAGACAAACUGGUAUUGGAAUAUGGCCUCAGUCUCAGAGUUAGAGAUGAUAAUGGAGACACACCUCUACAUUUUGCAGCCGUUAAAGGACAUUUUGAAACAGUAGAACACCUGAUCAGUAAGUACAAUGUUUAUACUGAUGUCACCAAUAAUAGCAAUAACACUCCAUUGAUGCUAGCUGCACUGAAAGAUCAUGACAAUGUUUUGGAUGUGCUAGUCAAAGAAUUUAACCGAAGUCGUCACGUCAGAGGUUAUACUCUUCUUCACUCUGCUUGCGAUUGUGGCUAUAUAAAACUGAUAGAAAAACUUGUGAUAGUAUAUGGCCUUGAUCUUGGUGAUAGGAAUAAUGAUGGAAACACACCUCUACAUAUUGGAGCCAAGAAAGGACAUGUUGAAACAGUGAGACACUUGAUUACUCAGCACAAAGUUGAAACCAAUAUCACUAACAAUGUUAACUCUACCCCAUUGUGUUUAGCUGCUCAAAGUGGUCAUGAGAUUGUGAUACAUGCUCUGAUUAAAGAGUUCAAUUGCAGCCCACAUGUCAGAGGCUGCAAUGGUCAAACUCUACUUCAUUACGCUUGCCAGAAUGGUCACGUGAAACUGUUGAAUAAAUUGUUAGUCAAGUAUAAGGUAGAACCAUCAAUUAGAGAUAAUGAUGGAAACACACCUCUGCAUAUUUUGUGUCGUACUCUGCACACUGAAGAAGAGAGGCUAAGAACAAUGCUUUGCAAGUAUCAGUACUGGACAGUGUUUCAAGUGAAUAAUGAUGGCAACACACCUCUUCACACAGCAACUCUCUCUGAACAAGCUCAUUGUGCACGCUUACUACUGCAGAAAUACAAUGCUCCACUUUUUGUGCGAAACAAAGAUGGGAAGACCGCCCUUGAUCUAGCUAAAGCUCAGAGAAGCCAUGAAAUUGUUAAAAUUUUCAAAAAUCAUAAUUCUGAGAUGCAGUUAACAUAUCGGCAACUAGAUAAACUCGCUAAACAAGAGUUUGGUGAUGAAAAAAACCUCACCAGAAUAUUUGUUGUAGGUCAUCCAGGUGCAGGGAAAUCCACGCUUGUUGAAACUAUCAAAACAGAAGGUUUGAUUAGCUACUUCAGCACAUCCACUGUUGCCCCUCACACUGCAGGUAUUGUUCCAAGUACUUAUGACAGUAAUGCUUAUGGAAGAAUGAUACUCUAUGAUUUUGCUGGUGAUUCCGAGUACUAUUCCUCACAUGCUGCAAUUAUGGAGUCAAUCAACACAUCAAAAGGAAGUAAUAUAUAUUUGAUAGUUUGUGAUUUGAGUAAAGGCGAAGAAGCUGCUGUCACUAAAUACAGCUACUGGCUUUCAUUUCUAUCAUACAAUAUUAAGCAAUUCUCAAACACAAUUAUCCUUCCAGUGGGAAGCCAUGCUGAUGUAAUUAACAAAACCUCAGUUAAACAAGCGUUAUGUAUGCUUGACAGUGUAUCCAAAAAAUUCUGUAGCAGCUCCAAGAUUGAUGAUUUACACAUCGAACAAAGUGUUGCUCUUGAUUGUCGUAAACGAGGAGCUGUAGUGAAUGAUAUAAAAGAACUAACAAAGAGAUUCUCCAAUUUAGUAUCCCUUUCCCCAGAGACAAGCACACUCUUGGGAUUGUUGAAGAAAGACUUUGAACACGUUUCAGCUUGCAAAAUAAGCCUCCUUAUCUCUCACAUAGAAGAUACUGGAAUUCCGCUGCCACUAAAUUCUUCAUCGCUAUACCUUCUCAUAAGAGAGUUGGAUGAUUUGGGUCUGCUAAUGGUAAUAGAGAGAGAAGGGGACUCCAUUGAGAACCACAUAAUCAUUCUCAAGAUAUCAACAUUCACAUCAGAUUUGCACAAAAAACUCUUUUCAGAGCCUGCUAGAACUGACCUCACCAAGCAUAUUGAUCAACUCAAGUUUAGCGUAGGUAUUAUUCCAGAAUCACUACUGGAGAAAGUACUGCCAGAGUACAUCACAAAAGAAAGUUUACUUAAGCUGCAAUACUGUCAAGAAAUUGAGAAUUUGAACGUGGAAGAGGACCACACUCUUUCUCAACUCACUUCAGAACCAGUAACAACAGAUGGUGCCACUAAAGAGAAGUCUCAUUUAUUUUUCCCUGCUCUAUGUGAUCUCAAGCUUGUGGACAUUCAAUGGCCUAAAUCUGAAGGUGAUAAGAUUACUUUGGGAUGGUAUGCUAAAUGUGAUGGUGACAGAUUUGAUUUCUUCCCAACACGAUUUCUCCAUGUGCUUAUUGUUAACCUCUCUCACAACUUUGCAUUAAAGCAAAACUUGCCCACAAGACACAGACUCUCCACUGCACCUUCCAAUUCUUUGAUUGCUGAGGUACAUGCUGCCAAUCCUAGCUGUUGCGUCUGGUCGACUGGUUUGCAUUGGCUUAUGAAGAAUGGAGUGGAAGUAUUUGUCGAUAUGCCUAAAGACGCUGAUAGUAAAGAACUGAUUGUACUAGCAAGAAGUGACGUCAGAAAUCAAGCCAAGUGUUCUGAAACUCUGGAACUAGUUAUUCAAAAGGUAGUAGAAGCAAAAAUGGAGUUCUGUGCUGGUAUAGUGCCUUCUGUUUACCUUCUUGAUCCAAGCAAUCUCAAGGAUGAACCUUUUACGAAUGCUAUAAAUUCACCUAAAUACGCUCUCAGAGAUAUCGAAGAAGCACUAGCAGAAGGCACUGAGGAAGUUGCCGAUAAAGACAGACAUUGCUUCUCCACUCCAAUCAAAGAAUGGAUUAGCCCAACAAGAUGGGCCAUAUCUUACUGGAAUCUGUUUUUUCCAAUGGAUACCUUCUUGGUUCAUUCUGCUUUGCAAGAAGUAACCGGUGCUCAAUGGAAACUGCUAGGAAUUAGUCUUCCAAUUCCCUGGAACAAAUUAGAGGACAUUGAGAAUAAUGACUCAUCAUACCCUGGUGACAUUGCUAAGAAAGAAGAAGUAAUUCGACUGUGGAUGUCUCAAGAACCCACCUGGAUAGUGUUGGUAGAGGCUCUCAGUCAAUCUACAUAUGGAUGGUCACAGAAUUCAAGUCAAAUCUCACAAGAGCACAAUGUGCCUCUACAAAAGAAAAUUCUUGAAAACGAUUCAUCCCUCCGUCCUGACAAGGAAUUUCUCCAAUCGUUUGCUGCCAUCAUUGGCUCUCGAUGGCAGUGUCUUGCUUCUCCCCUCUCCCUCACUUCUGAAGACAUUGUGAGCAUCAAGAGAGAGACAAGAGGAUCAGAGCCAAUCAGACAAGCACUCGUCAUGCUACAGAAGUGGGCAACCAGGGAGACGGCAACUUAUGGUCAGUUGAGAGAGAGGCUCCGUACACUCUCAGUGUUUCAUAUCUGAGAACUUUAGUAUCAUGCAUCACGCCACAUCCCUACUUUAAUGCACCUAUACUGUAGAUACAUUUUUUGUGUCACUGAACUUGCCAUUAGCAAUACUAGCUACGUUCUAGUCUACUGCAAUUUAAUUUCUGUACUGCCUUGCAAUACACUAUAUACAACCUUCAAAAAAUCGCAUAAUUUUGCUAGCCCUUUACUAGUUUCUUAAUGUUGUCAAUUCUCUUAUUAGUCAAAAUUAAUGCUUCCCCCGAGUAAUUUUUGUUUAUGUUGAACAAAAGUUUGUUACAGC